AUGGAGGACGAGAACGGAGCCCAAGAGGCCGCGGGCGGCGGCGAGCGGGAGCUGGACCUCAGCAAUUCGCAUCUGCACGACCUGGAGGACGUGCCCAUCGCCGGCACGCUGACGGCAUUGGACCUUACGACCAAUCGCCUCAAAGACAUCGACAGCAGAAUCCUUGCCCUCACAGGGCUGACAUCGCUGUGCUUCCGGCAAAAUCUGUUGCCCGAUGCAUCUGUAGUUGCUGAGUUUCAGUCCAAGGGUGUGCUGGAAGAUUUGGAGCUUAGGGACAAUCAACUCAAGCAGCUGCCUGACCUGACAGGCUUCCAUAAGCUGCGGCGCCUUGAGGUGUCAUACAAUCAGCUGCGCAGCAUCUCUGGACUGCUGUCUCUGGGAACUUCAAACCCCCUCGAAGAGCUGUACGUGGCCGCCAACAAGAUCACUAAGAUCGAAGGGCUGGAGGACCUAGUGCAAAUCCGGAUACUUGAGCUGGGUUCCAAUCGUGUGGCCAAGAUUGAGGGUCUAGAAACCUUGCAGUCCCUGGAGCAGCUGUGGUUGGGCAGGAAUAGGAUAUCUACUGUUGAGAAUGUGGGGCACCUGACAAACUUGCGGCAGCUGUCGUUGCAAAGCAACCGCUUGGAGUGCAUGAGGGGUUUUGAGGAAUGUGUGGGGCUUGAGGAGGUGUAUUUGAGCCACAAUGGUAUAUCCAGAUUGGAGGGCCUGGGCACUCUCACUCGCCUGAAGGUCCUCGAUGUGUCAAGCAAUAGGCUGGAAAAGAUCGAAGGCUUGGACAGCCUGGGACAGCUGGAAGAUCUGUGGCUCAACGAUAACAGCAUAGACUCCUGGGAGGGGAUCUACGAGUCGCUUCAGGGACCUAGGCAGUCUUUGACCACACUCUACCUUCACAACAACAAAGUGGCAGCGGACCCUAUGUACAGGAGGAAAUGCAUGGAGAUAUUGCCCAACCUGGGUCAGCUUGACGCCAACUACACAAGACGCACGUGA